AAUUUUCAUCCCAAGCCCAUAUUUUACGGUUGUGCUGUGAACUUGACCACAGGAGAUGUAUUCCCGGCCACAUUUGAAGAUCACGGGCCCGUGGAUAUACUACGGCAUUGCCGCACCUCGUUCAAUAGUGAUCGGUCACAAAAACGUCCGUACGAUUUGUACGAUUGUGUUUCGGGGGAGAUACGAAUUCAGCCGUUUCCAUUCACGUACUAUCCUGGCUUAGAACUGUGGAUGAAGGCGCCUUCUCAAGCCAUAUUGGAUAAUAUGUCUUCCUCACCUAAGGUCGAACCACCUUAUUUCGUGUCCAAGUUGAAGAAAACCAUUCAGAUGGUUGUGGAACACCCUAACCCUUACAAGUCCAUAUUCUCCGGCUCUUCCAAACCUUUAGUAUUCUCACUCAACGAUUGUUCCCAGUGGGUGUGCAAGUCUAGUCUAACGGGUUGACGCUAAUGAAAUGAUUUCAAAAUGUUCUAAUUUUGUGAAAAUAUUAUUGAACUUUCUAUAUUGAA